AAAUAAAAAGUACCGAGGGAUGCAUUUCAUUACUGCCCUGUGACACUGGAGAAGCCAGGGCUGCAGUGGUAAUACUCCUCAUUUGUUAGUGUCACACAGAGGAUUUAUUUGCAAGAGGAGUCCAGCUCCAAAGAGAAAAUGAACAGCCAAUACAUGCGGCACGAGGUGCGGGGGUGCGAGACCAGUGACCUGAGGAACUUCUGGGAAAAGACCAUCGAGCAACAAACUCGGUACCUACAAAACGAGAAGGAACGUCAGCGAAGAAGUGCUCUGACAAAGCUCAGAAAUGAAUGGAUGGAGAGGCUGGAAAAACGGAUAAAGAUGUUGAGGACCCAACCUGAAGACCCAUCUAGCUGAAGAUCCCACACCCAUUACAUGUGCACGGAUGGGGGGGGAAGAAAAUUAUUUUGUAGGAAAGUGUGAUGGUGUGAUGUAAAAGCUGAAGUCAAUCUUACUUUGUGGCUUAAAUGAGCUAUAAUUAAUUAGCUGUCAUUGUUAGAAGUUUCAUAUGUGAAAUCUCAAUUACUGUUUUAAGAUUAUGCAUCCAUCCCCUCGUUUGAUAAAUGGAAAAGGUAGUGCUCUGAAGUAUUUAACACUAAUAAAUCAUGCUUCACUGAGUUGUAGAUGGCUAGAAAAA